AUGCCAGGGAAACGCAAGAGAACUAAUGUCGACCAGGCUCGGCACUAUCUUUCUGGAGGCGGAAUUCUACGAGAGGAUUCAGACGACGAACUCGGACUGGAGGACCAUCCUUGGGAAUGGAUCACCCAGUCGAAAUCCAAAUCUGCUGAUGGAGGAAAUGGCACAGAAAUCAUCGGUGCCCGCAUGGGAGAAUUCGAAUGCUUUCUCGGUGACGCCGUGCUGUUGAAAGCUCCGACGAGCAAUGAAGCCUGGGUUGCAUUGAUCUACGAAUUUCUGGAGGCCAACGUUGAAGACGAAGAUGGCGACGCCAGGCUCGAGAAGCAGGCCAAGAUGCUAUGGUUCAUGUCCGAGAGGGAGAUCAAGACCAAGAAGAAGAGGACCGACCAUGUCCAACACGAACUCUACCUGACGUGUAACUUCGACUGCAAUCCCUUGACCACGAUCAACGGCAGAGCUCACAUCAUGUCACACGCGGAAUUCAUCCGCCGAUAUCCAGCUGGCACCGUCCCUCGUACUUCUAAAGCAUACGGCAAGACCUUCAUCUGUAGAAGAGGUGUCAACGAUCGGACCACUACCUACACCGAGGAGUUCAAAUGGGAGGACAGGUUCCGUGGAAGGGAGGAUCUCCAAAGUCUUCAUGAGCUUGUGGAGCAGCAGACAGUCAAGACGCGACGCAAGAAGGCACCCCGAGCCACUCGAGCCAAGGACCUGGAUGAUUUCGUCGAGGAUGACGAUGAGGAGGACGGCCCGACCACACCACGCAAAAAGCGCAAAGCAGGGUCCAAAGCCGUCACUCCCUCCAAACGACAUCAAAUAUCCCCUCGCAAACUUGCGACACCGACAGGCCGCAAGAUCAUCGCGAGAAGGCCUCUGGAGUUCACGCCACUGGGAACAAGGGUGCUGGAUGUCGAGAAGACGCAGGCCUCACCUCAUCAGAUCGCACGAUCCACGCUGCAUGUCUCGGCCGUACCUCACGCUCUGCCCUGCCGCGAGACCGAGUUCGAAACCGUACAAUCGCAUCUGGAAGCCGCCAUCACCGCCGGCACUGGCGCAUGUAUCUACAUUUCAGGCACCCCCGGCACGGGAAAGACAGCCACGGUACGGGAAGUCGUCGCCAGCUUACAAGCCGCGGCGGCCGAAGAGGAAUUGGACGAUUUCUACUUCGUCGAGAUCAAUGGCAUGAAAGUGACGGAUCCUCAUCAAUCAUACAGCCUCCUAUGGGAAGCGCUAAAAGGUGACCGGGUCAGCCCAAGCCAUGCUCUCGAACUGCUCGAACGGGAAUUCACCACCCCCAGCCCGCGGCGGGUCCCCUGUGUGGUUCUGAUGGACGAACUCGACCAGCUCGUCACCCGCAACCAAGGCGUGAUGUACAACUUCUUCAAUUGGCCGCAGCUGCGACAUUCCCGGCUCAUCGUCCUCGCCGUCGCCAACACCAUGGAUCUUCCCGAGCGGACGCUGUCAAAUAAAAUCUCGAGUCGUUUGGGCCUUACGCGAAUCACCUUUCCAGGUUAUACCCAUACACAGCUCAUGGCCAUCAUCCAAAGCCGACUGAGCGGCAUCGACCAAGUGGUCGUCGAGCCCGACGCCAUCCAAUUCGCCAGCCGGAAAGUUGCCGCCGUGUCCGGCGACGCUCGUCGUGCCCUGGACAUCUGUCGUCGAGCCGUAGAAAUUGCCGAAGAAGACACGAAGCCCGCAGCAGACGACAAGGCUAACGAUGCCCCCCACGCCGAUGACAAAGCGAUGGUUCGCGAUCCAGGCAAAGAGAACCUCGCGCCCGAUACUCCCAGCAAGACACCCGGCCGCCAAAAGUCCUUCCUCACGAUCAACGCGCUAGCUCGACAGCCGCCCCGUGGCGUCGUCACCAUCGCCACCAUCAAACGCGCCAUCAACGAAGCCACCUCGACGCCGCUCGCCGCCCACCUCCGCUCCCUCCCUCUCGCCAGCAAACUGUUCCUCGCCGCACUCCUGGCCCGGCUCCGGCGGACCGGCAUCCCGGAGUCCACCCUCGCCGACGUCACGGAUGAGGCGCGCAAAUUGGGCCUCAUGGCGAUGAACCCCUUUGUCGAGGAAUUCCUCCUCACGCCCGUGGAUGUCGCGUAUUCGCUAGCGCGCGAGGCCGCGGAGAAGGCCAAGGCGGGCGCGAAUCCGCCGGCGAAACGUGGACGGGCGGCGGCGGUCAAGAAGGAUGUGGUCCGGUCGGCGCGGGCAUUGGGAUUAGGUGCCGCGACACGGGAAUUGGCCGAGGCGGGGAUUAUCGGCGUGGAGCAUCGACAUGGGGAGCGGGCGGGACGAGUCCGGCUUGGGGUCGGAGAGGAUGAGAUUCGGGCGGCACUGAGGGAUGACGAGGAAUGUCGGGGACUAGGUUUGAACGGUUGA